UCUGAAUUUCUGUAAUAGGAGAUGUGUAAUGCCCUGUAAUGUUCAGAUUCUAUGAAUGCUUGCAAUCCGUGAAUGAUUCAGUUUCAUGCUUAUAAAUAUUGUAUUACAUAUUGUGCGUUCUCACUAGUUGAAGUGUUCUUGUUGUGUAUUUGUAGUCUGUCAGUCACCAUAUAUGUCUAUCUAACCUUGUGAAUUUGUUCCAGUUUCAAGUUUAUGUGUUUACUUAAGUACUUGUGAUACAAAAUUUUGUGUGUGAGUUUGUGUUGUGAAACAUUUAUAUUCAGCCAUAUAGCCGUGUUUCAUCCCACUGUUAUAUGUUUAAUGGUUAUAUGUGUUCAUGUCUUGUUGAUCCCCUUUCGUCAUCGAUGUUUGUCUGUGUUAGUGCUUUAAUUACUCAAGCCUAAUAAAAAUACCAAAAAGACAGAGUAUAAUCUAAAUGUACCUUUGCUUAUUUUGCAUUUUCUUUGGCGAUGAUCUUCGGGAACUACCUUGUUUAGGUUAGGUUUUAUUUUCUGUUUUUGUCACCAAACAUCGUGUCACCUAGCUUUAGCCGAGCAUAGUUGCCGUCGCAUAGUCCCUGUGGAGAACACGACAUUCGUAGUUUGGGCUAAAAAAACCCUGCUAUAUUACAAAUUGAUCAUUUUGGCGCCGUUGCCGGGGACUAGCGUCGAGCAUUUGUGUGAGGCUUUAGACUAGGUUUAGCUUGUUUCCUUUUUGUGCUUUAUAUAUUUGUGAUAUAUCUCUAACUCCUAACCCUUGUUCUAGUUUAUUUUCUCUUUGUUUUCUUUUCCUUUUUGUAGGUUAGAACUAUCUUCUCGGUUAUGGCUUACUAUUCAGAUCAUCAGGCUUAUGCGAGCAACACUACAAACAACACGGAAAGUAUUCAAGAACUGAUAGGUAAGAUUUCCCAUCGAUUAGAUGAUUUAGCUCGGCAGCGAGAAGUAGUUUUUGAGGAUAGGCCUAGCUCUUAUGAUCCUUAUUCUAGAGGUCAUCCUUAUGUUGCUCCUACAUGCCAUAUUUGUGGAUUUCAGGGCCAUUCACCCGCUGAAUGCCAGCGUGGUUACUCUCACCCUCCCGAUUGUUAUGGCAUGAGGUUCGCUCCACAGCCUAGCUCAUACCAAAACAAUUACACACAUGGGUGGCCUGAAAACCAGAAUAUGUCAUAUAGGAGCAAUAACCCUGAGAUCUCAUCGUUUGCCUCUAGUUAUCCAAUGCAGGGAUUUAGGUAUGAAGAGGAGAGCCACAAUUAUGCUCCACAACAGAUUUAUUCAGCUCCUACUCAUAUACCUCAACACCAGGACAUGUUGCCAAUGGAGUUAAAUGGUCCUUCAUUUGGUCAACCAACAUCUUCAACACAAGUGCCCACACAAGAUGACUUUGAGGAUAUAGACAAGCUCACAUUGCUUGGUCUCGAGUUCACUUGGAGUGCUGAAGAUGAUCCAAUUAGGCCGGUGAUACUAGAUGAAAUGAAGAAGAUCAAGAGUGGAAAAGAGCUAGUGGAAGAAGUAAGGAAGAUUGAGAAGAACAUCAACGCGAGCAACACUAUUUCUUCACAGCUAGAGCUGAGUGUUGCCGAGAUUCCCCUUGAUACAUGUGAGGUUCCAACACCGUCACAUCCAGUUGAGCAAGAUAGCAAGAGUCCAGAGGAAGAAAGACCCCAGAUUGAAGAAGAUGAACUAGAAGACAAGGAACAGGAUGAUCAAGAGCUGCAAUUCCCAAGUGAUCAAGUUGAAGACUCAUCAUCUACUACUGAAGAAGUACAAGAAGCUGUUGUAGAUGAAGAUGAAGAACAUGAGAUUCAUUUGCCUAUUGUCAUACCAGAGCGUGACGUGUCAGGUUUACUCAAUCCUCUUGAUGACAUGAUGCCUUGUGAUUUCUUUGCUACUACCUUGCAUUACAUGAUACCAUCACUUAAGAUUGAUUUAAAAACUCAUUUGCUUGGAUAUGAUGAUAUAUACCCUUUUAGUGGCAUUACUCUCAUUUGUGAUGAUCAUAGUUACUUUCCUCGUGCUAGUCCUAUGCUUAAUGAAACAUAUCACUCCCAUGCUAGUCUUGAGCUUAAUGAUAAAUAUCAUCCUCAUGUUAGUGUUGACCUUGUUGAUUUCUACCAUCCUAAACAUGUGCUUUAUAGCUAUGCUUAUGUAAUUGGAUAUUCGAUUGAUGACUUGGAGGGUAUUAUCCCUACCACUUGCAUUGUCUCUUUCGUUGAGUGCUCUUUCAGGUUCUUGCUUGUGCACGAUCCACUACAUGCUGACCAAGUUCGAGAUGACAUUCCCUGGGACCCCGGUGGACCUAUGGCAUGGGGAUGAGGAGAAGCAAGGAGCACACAUGAAGAGAGAAGCUGGAGCAGGCAUGAGGAUAGGGAAGCAAUAGGAGAGGAGUCACAAUGCACGAGGAAGCAAAGGAGAGGAGCUGCAGUUGGUGAGGUGAUCGAGCGAGUGCUACAUCAUCAAAGCCCGAAAUGUGCGCAAAGGCACUAUAAACUACAAGUUUCUGUGCAUGUGGCAAUCGAGAUGAGCAUAUGAAAGAAGAGAAGGAAGAGGGACUUGAGUGUGAUGAAUAUUAAAGCUUCAAGGGCAAGAAAGAAAGAGUGGAGGGAUCAACUUGUGAAGUAGGCAAAGAAGUAGAAGGGCCGAAGUGCAAAAGUGCAGAUCUGAGGAGAGGGUCAAAAUCCCUAGCCAAGCCUCCAUUUUCCCCUCGGGCCUGGCAUCUCAUCUCUCUCCCUCUCCCCUUCUUCUCCACCACCGGCCGCCGCCACAGCCAGGCCGGCGUGGUGGUGCGCCUCUGCAGCCCAUCCAUCCACCAGCACCACCAUCACACGACCUUUCCACAACCUGCGCCAUCCAUCCAGCCACCACUCCAUCAUCCGUCCACCAGCAUCACCGCACCAUUCAUCCAUCCGUCACUCCACCAGUGCCGCACCUCGCGCGCCCGAUCAGACGGGUGUCUGGUCCUCCGCGUGAGCGCUCCUCUCCGCUGCCGCCCCUGCUGCUUCUUCUCUCUUCCACCUGUUGCUGCUCCUCCCUCGCGCCACUUCUCUCUGGCUGCUGCUGCUUCUUCUCCCACGCCCCUCCUUCUGCUCUUCUCCUUCCCUCAUUGCUGCUCUUCUCUUCCCAUUUCCCUUCCUGCUGCUACUCCCUUUCUCCACGUCUCUGCUGAUCCCUUUCCCUUCCUGCUGUUGCUCUCCUAUCUCUACUUCCUCUGCUUCUCUCUGAACCGAACUGCUGCUGCUCCCUCUCCUCUGAACCUACUGCUGCUACUGCGCUCUGCUGCUUCUUCUCCUACGCUACAGCUGCUCCUCCUCCUUCCCUUGCCUCUUCCCAACUGCUGCUGCUCCUCCCCUCAUCCCUUUUGCUGUUGUUCUUCUCUAAUCUUCCUGCCGCUGCUCCCUUGCCUAUCUCCCUCUGCUGCUCGUUGCUUCCCCCUUCUCUGAACCCACGAAUCUUGUUGCUGCACUUCUCUGAAUCUUCAUCUUCUCUCUCUCUCUCUCUCUCUCUCUCUCUCUCUCUCUCUCUCUCUCUCUCUCUCUCUCUGAAUUUCUGUAAUAGGAGAUGUGUAAUGCCCUGUAAUGUUCAGAUUCUAUGAAUGCUUGCAAUCCGUGAAUGAUUCAGUUUCAUGCUUAUAAAUAUUGUAUUACAUAUUGUGCGUUCUCACUAGUUGAAGUGUUCUUGUUGUGUAUUUGUAGUCUGUGAGUCACCAUAUAUGUCUAUCUAACCUUGUGAAUUUGUUCCAGUUUCAAGUUUAUGUGUUUACUCAA